AUGCCAGCGCUGAAUGCACUCGCGACCGACACCCAGGCCAGCGCGAAACCCUCGUGGUCCGAUGGCAUCGACCCAGACCUGGAGGAAGAACUCUGUGUGUUCGGAUGCCAGCUGAUCCAGCAAGCGGGCGUUCUGCUUUCGCUGCCCCAAGUUGUGAUGGGCACAGCGCAGGUCCUCUUCCAGCGGUUCUGGUACGUGUCGUCCAUGCGCAAUUUCCAAGUCCUGGAUAUCAGCAUGGGUGCACUGUUGCUUGCGUCUAAGCUGGAAGAAGUGCCCGUGCGGCUGCGCCAGGUACUGCUCGUAUACGACUAUCUCGUGCAGCGAGCACGGCGAACGGAGGCAUUCGAAUACGAGCCGCCGCACUACCACAGCCAAUCUUUCCACGACGCCAAAGAUGCCUUGAUUGUCGGCGAGAUCCAGCUUCUGAAACGCCUCGGAUUCCACGUGCAAGUCGGGCUUCCACAUGCGCUCCUCAUCAACUACAUGCAGCUGCUCGGGGUUGCCCAGAGCAAUACCGCGCGUGCCGGACAUGCGCCUGUAUUGGCUGCGCAGCGUGCGUGGAACAUCUUAAACGACGCUCUUCAGACACCCAUAUACUGUCUAUUUCCGCCGCACGCCAUCGCGGCCGCUGCAAUCUACCUGCUUACACUAGAAGACACCGAAUGGGCGCCGCUGGCGCUGCCCAUGGAGCCCUCGCCAUGGUGGGCACUGUUUGAUGUGUCGCGCGACGAGCUGCGCGUAAUUGCAACACAUAUCCUCCGGCUUUACGAUGCCCAAGGUCUCGGCGCACGCGUCCAAGCGCGACGCGCCGAGUUAGUCGAACUCGCGACGCGUGCGGGACUUCGUGCAUGGCUUGCACAACAUGCAUAG